UAUGAUCACAUGAAAUCGAUGAAAUUGAAAAAGCCGAAGGACGGUAGUUGUAUUAGCAAAUUUGCUGAUCUCACAAAGAGUCCAAAGGAAAGGUUGCAUGCGUUUCUCCAAGCUAAAGAUGGGCGGAGUAAGGACCAAUACGAUGGAACUUCAUUUCUAAGAGAUAACUGUGGCGAGAUUAUCUUCCUUAUCUAUGAAGCCUUCUGGCAUUAUCUGGACCAUGUGCAGUUAAAGAAGCACAAGAAGAGUGGAACAGAGGAGGCUGACCUCUUAGAGAUUAUCCUCCCAACUUUGGAACGAGUUCUGCAGUUUCUUCCUGAUAAAAUAAACGAUUUGUGGCAUUAUCACGGAAUCGCGAGAAUGUUAAAAGAGAUACUAGCAUCAGCAAACAGUCUGGCCCCUAACAACGCUACAGUGCUAAAGCGUAAAGGUAUCAAGCUAACCAUACUGUGGAUCCUCGGGUUGAUGGAUAAACACAAACACAACAAACAAGCUGUUGAUGUUUUUAAUACAAUCUUACCAGAAUUAAAGCACCCUGAACUAGACAGUCCUGACAAGGAAACUAUUGUUCCCCGGUUCCAGUUCUUACUCGAUAAUCUGACAUGUAAUAUCAGAGAAAUCCACUGGCCUGAUGUUUCCGAACAUGAGCUAAGAGAACGACGUAUAGAGGGAUUCAAAACGGUCUUCAAUCUCUGCAAGAAAAGCUACCUUGAGGAGAUACUUAGAGGAUACGAAAAACGAAAGGAAGGAAGCUCUAAACACCGAACAACAUCCGAACACCGGUACUCAACCAUCUCAACAAGCAGUCACUCGAGACGCCACGAGAUCAUUCCCGAACAUCUGGGCCAUGCCUCACUACCUCCCGCUCCACCACCUCGUGAGCACCGCCUGGAAAGGGUGCACUCCAGCACCUCAUCUCACAGAUCUGAUGCAGAUACACCCACCUCACCCUUACCUCUGUCCUUACCUACUGAUGACGCCUUUACUGUUGGUUGUCUUAGUUAUCUAGAAGACGAGGAGGUAGAACAGAGGUGCAGCAAGUGCAGAAGUGCUGGACACAGCACUCGGAGCUGUCCGCGGUGCGAGCGCUGCAAGAACAGCACCCACCGGAGUGCUGACUGUCCGACUAUUAUUGAGAAGGAGGUGGAGAACCACUUUAACAAGCCCAUGAAUGACAUGACGAAUGAGCAGCUGGACUGUAUAUUCCAGCUUAAUGAUAGGAUUAUGAAGUGGUUUGUUAAACACGGUAAAUCUAUAUUACCACACGAUAAGACGAACUGUAUGUUUGUGACAAAAGUGGAUGACGUCUACAAAGAAGAUGAGAAGUUCGAAGAAGAUGUAGAAGUAUGCCGGAUAGUGGACAGAGUGUUGUUCACAGACCGGGAUAAUGUUAAGCUGAUGAACGAUGCUUUCGAACAUGGACCUCUCGUUCUGCAACGGAGAACGGAGAGUAACUUUGCAGAGCUAAUGUCGCCGGAGGAGCACCAGGAAUUUAGCUUCAUUAAGAUGAUCACGUUGUACAGCGAGCUGAUCUACAAUAUCAAGGAUUACAAUGUACUAGGCAAUAAGACAGAGAAUCAGCACUGCCCAGAGUUCCUGGCGGACAGUAGGUUGAGUAGUAAGAAACGAAGACAAAAGAAUUCCCAAGUAGAGAGAAAGAUAAAAAGCUUCCUCAAAUCAGCAACUCUGAAUGUAGCUCCCUUACUCAGAUACCCUUACUCUUACUCAACCUUCUCUGGGCCUACCAAGAAGAUGAUUGAGCAAGCUGCUCAGACCACAAUGGGCUACUACAACGUCAUAGUGCAGCAGAUUGAACAAGCUGACGCUAACACCUGCUUUAGAAUCAUUCUCUGUAUGAUCAAGAGUAUCGAGCACAACUUCGACCUGAACUUCCCGAUACACAGCUACGAGAAGCAGCUGAGGAUCCUUCUGAACGUGGUGAGGUUUGUGGGCAGGAAGGUCAGUCUCCCACACAAUACCUGGACCCAUCUCCGGGAUCUCCUCAUCAAGCUGGAGAAAAGAGACGAAACUGCUCCCUUAGCAAAUGAUUACUGGCACGAAGUGAUGAAAACCCUGACCCAGGAGAUAUUUGUUCAGGUGUAUGGGGUGGAAUGGAAAGCUAACAGCGAGAAAGAUGAGAAAGCUCCGAAAGCGAAGGGUAAACUUCAGUGCCACAUCGAGGAGAAAUCCCAUCUUAACGCUAAAUUCAACGCUGCACUAUCAAAAUUGCAACGUCCGUUUCGGAGUGAAAAACCAACAAUCCAAAAGAGCAAGACACUGGGCGGGGAGAGAAGCCAUGCUCGUGACUCAACAGAGUAUCAUUACCACGGCCUAAACAAGAUAUUCCUGGAGUCUGUUUCCUUGAGAAACAGGAACAAUCAACCAGAUUGGGACGAUCAGAACGACGAUGACGACGAGCUACGGCCGAAUAAUGGGGAGCACCCCAUAAUCCUCUGGAGACGAUUCCUAACCCUAAAGGGGAACCCGAAUAAGUACGCUAAGAGUGCUGUGCUUCACAAGAGGAUGUUUGAGAGUUUGAGUGAUAUUCUGGAUAUGUUGCUCUGGCUCGAUGAUAACAAGGAAAAACAGGACAGAAAGCACGCAGGCAGUAACUACCGAGAUAGCGUACCCGACCACCCUGUCUUCACCUACAUCUACCACAUUCUACCCUGGUUCUUUGAAGCUUUCCUCCUCAACCCCUCAGAGGAGUUCCUCCCCGGCAAGAAAGCAGCCAUGAGAAUGCUCUGCAAGUGUCUUGUAAGGUUGAACCCUAUAAAACCACCGGUACCUCUUCUACAUUUGUUCUACAAUGUUCUAUUAAACUGUCUCAAGAAAGAGGGUGUUCGGCCUGUAGAGAAGAUUAGCUACAUGGGUAAGAUCAGUGGUAACAACAAGUGUUAUCAGAAAACCAGACAAGACCUGCUGUUCGAGGUAGUAAGAGGAACUAAACACAUAUUCUCCAUCAACCUGAACGGAUGCCAGCUCCACGAGCUCAUGAAGUGUUUGUCAGAGGGAGCUAUCAGUGUGCUAGAUGCGACCCUAGCCAGUGGUCCCAAAGCAGAUGCUAUCAUUCUGCUCGGUUCCCUGUACACUUAUCCGUGGGCUGACGAGUUGUUGAAGCAGCAGAUUGUAGUCACUAUUAAGGACGUGGCUAAAUCUGAGUCUGAUCAAUUCAACAGGAGUCGAGCUAUACAGAUGGUUGGCUACAUGAUAAUGACCAUGCUUUCAAAGAGAUCAGAUAACAGACUAGAUGCUGGUCCUGAAUCUCCCACCCUCAUCAUGAACAGGAUAGAGACCUCGUCACCCAGCGAGAUAUCGUCUACUAGAUCUAACAACAAGUACGCUGAUGUCAAGAAUCUGAUAGACCUUAUCAAUAUCGUCAUGUUACAGGUACGGUCUACAAACAGUAAAGUAGCAUUGUCAGCACUCUCGGUGGUAAGGGACGUGGCUGGUGACUUUGAUAAGCUGCUACUGGUCGACUCUACCCUUCCUAAACAGAUUAUAGAGGUCCUGCUCUCGUCCUUAAACCAACACAUGGACGCCCAGAGACGCCCAGUAGAAGAGUACGAGUGCGGGAGCCCCACUAAAUCUAGCCCUACCCCUCUCUACGACCCUCUGUCCAACUCUCAGAGCUCCAACCUAGCUGCUCCUAAAGCUCCACCUGCUAAAGAUAAUGUUUUGAAGUCGUACCAGGAAGCAGUCAUAACCGGUACCAUAAUGGCUCUGGUAGACUGGGUGUUGAGUAUGCCGGAGGAUAUUCACAACACUCAGGUUAACUCCGGACCUAGGAACGUUCUGUACGCCGAGUACACCUCCCUGCUCAAAACUGUUUUCAAGGUCCUGCAGCUGGUUGCACUGGAGAAGCCGUUUAACGAGCAGGUUAAAACGUACUGCCAAGCCCAUGUAGACAGACUGAGGGAGUAUAAGAUAUCAGAUAUAAAGGAGGGAGACGUUAACCCUGAAACUAUUGAUAUGUCGUACCCUGUACUGCCGGGCUCCCAGGAACCCCACAUUCACAAGAACAUAAAGUGCUGCGCUUCAGCAGCCCUCCUAGUGUUCUGUCAGAGGUACCACCAGUUCCCCCUUUGUGGCGGACCAGAUUACUCCUCUAGCAUGGUCUACGAGUACAACCGAGAGGAUAAGAAUGGAGACACGUUGCACUUUAGUCGUAAGCACGACCUUCAAAUCCUGAUGAUGGAUAAAAACAGUGUUAUUUCAUUGGUUGAAUUUGGCAAACUGCCACUUAAAGUGGAACUGUCUUUUGACCUUCCAUUUGAGUCCCAGCCUGGCUACAGCAGGGUUAUCUUCAGAAACGUUGCAGGACGUUUUUCGUGGCUAAGUAAGAAACUUUUCGCGAUGAAGGAGCCCCCUAACUCACCCCUCCCUCCCUCCGACCUCAUAGACUAUACAUCCCAUCUUGUCGAGGUUGAAGACUACCCUACCCUAACCCCCUCCCGUACCCUCUGUAGGACGGACUCUGGUGCUCCUUCACUCCCUUCCUGUCCUGACAGCGACAGAGACUGUUUAUUUCAGACAAUAGAUUAUAUAAAGGCCACCUCGCCGGAGCUGCCCUUUUACCGUGAGCUGAAGAAAGCUAACAGACAGGAGGAUUUGUUUAACAAAGUUGGUAGCAUGCUCCGGAAUCAGAAGAUUAACGAGGAAAAUGCUGAAAAUUCCAUCAAUUCUGAUACACCAGAUAACCUAACUAUCAGUAGUGAGGUCUCCGCUAGCCGUUCUAACCUCUUUGAAGCAGCCUCUCCCUUCCAGCAAUGUCGUGGUCUCGCAAGUGCACUUGGACUGCUCUCCUGGAACAAAAGAUACGAGCAUCACGGUAGACAGGUGGAACUGCUCGACCAGUCCAAGAUUAUCGAGAAGGAGAAGGACGUGUGUGGGGCUCUCAAUGAACUGGACAACGUCUUCAACCGAGAAAUACACAAGUUCGGUCUUAUCUACAUCGCUCGAGGAGACGAGAAACGGAAGGACGCCCUCAGUCACAACGUGGGCUCAAAGGAAUUCGAGGAAUUUGUAGCAGGUCUUGGAUGGGAGGUCAACUGGAGAGAUCUUCACGGCUACGUGCCUACCAUCGGAACAGACGUGAUGAAGAGUACAACAGUACAUUACGCUAACGCAACUUUAGAGAUAGUCUUUCACGUUGGGACACGGCUGGAACCGGGUAAUCAGGAGGCUGCCCUUUACCGCUUUAAAUACAUUGGAAACGAUUACAUUGGAGUCAUCUGGUCAGAGCACGACAGGGAUGUAAACAUUGACACUUUUAAGUCUGCGUACCUCAACUAUGUUAUCGUCAUUUACCCAAUGAGGGAUCUGAAGAAGUGCCGUGUUCAAGUUAUUGUUAAUUUCCGUGACAAGGAAGAAAAGUGUAAGAUAGAACACGGAAUUGGGCCGCUGUUUGACGGGGCCCUGGUCGACAGGGACAUACUCCCGGACCUGGUACGGAAAACUAUUAUUAACGCUGAGAGGGCUAUUACAGUCGACCAGAACCGGCCCCGGUUUUAUAGAGAUAGAGCUCGAAAUCUGGACAAGUUGCAGAGUUAUAAACGAGACGUGACGUUCGAAGAAUUCGCGUGUGAGCUCAUGUCGCCUUCCCUCAUAGACUUCGACCAGUACAAAGAUUACGCCAGAUCGAUGGUAGUAGACGCGAAGCAGCCUCCUCAGCGAACUGGCUCGAACAGGAUCUACAAGAGAACCGCUGCUCGGCAGAGCACGGGUUAUUCUAGUCAGGACAAUAUGUCUGAGAGUGAGCGGGCAGAGAAGAAGAAAAAGUGGGCCAAACGUGACCUUUCGGAUUCGGACAAUGUGUAUACUACCAAGAGGUAGCAUCUAGUUUGGAGAUUUUGUAGAUUACGAUUUAAACUUUUAGAGUUAGGAUAUUUCAGCCCGACUGUUACUGUUACUCAAGUAGUCGAUUGCCAUUAUGAUUAUACGCAUUUAAAAAUAAAAUGUUUUAGCUAUGGUUUAAUUUUGGUCCAAAUGUAAUAUUCAAUUAAUAAUGUGCAAUUGUACUUGUAGGAAACUACCUUAGUCGGUAAUAUUAUGGGGGGGGGGGGGGGGGGGGGGAUUGGGUGUUAAAACAUAAAAAUAUGAACUGUUAUAAAUAUGGUUAUUUGGCCUGAAAAGAACCAAAUUAGAGCCCCCAUAAUAUUACCGACUAAGGUUUGCAUGAUAACGUUUUAAAAAGAAAUGGCAGAUUAUUUAAUGAUUUUGUAAUAAGCAUUAAAAACUCACCAUCAUCUCAUCAUGUUAUUGUUAAUUUAUUGUUUAUACUUAUUUUAUCGCAAUUUUCUUGGGUUUUGUUUUAUUUUUAUCUGUGUUAUUUUAAAUCAUUUAACGUAUAAUAUUUUUCGAGUUAGUUUGUAAUUAAGUAUCUAAACUAGGAAUAUUUGAUAUGUGUCAAUUUAUUCAUGGGAUUGAUUAUGAUUUUGUCUGUUUUAUACGGAUUAGGAUUGUACACAUAGUCUUUAAUUUAAACUCCAAGUCCAUUUUUUGAGACUAAUCGUUGAGUUUUAUUUUUCUAGAUUUCAAAGUGAUCAUCAAUAUUGCUUUUUCCUUUC